GCCCUCCUCUCCUCCUCUGCUGCCUUCAGUCUGCUCGUACCACCACAGGCGGAGGCGGCUCCAACUUCGGCGAGAGAAAAACAAACAAACAGCGUCGCACUGGAAUGAACUGUCACAGGAAUUGCUUCCCAAACCUCCCACUCCACGCUGAAGACGUGAGGAGGAACUGGAGCUUCUGCGUAAAGAGGACCUCCGAUUUUUAAGAAGGAAUCCAGCAGCAGCAGCAGCUUCUUCUUCUGUAUCUCAGUCCGGGGGGGCCCUUGACCUGGGGGGAAACACUCCCUUCAGUUCGCUCCAUACCGCGCAUAUCCGUCCAUCGCCGCGUGUGACAGGAGCGUAAAAGACGGGGGGGAGCCGAGGAUGGAGGCCCUGCUCCGUGUGCUCAACAGUCACCCGGGCCCCUCGGUGCUGCUGAGCUCCCUGCUCUUCAGACUGAUCCACAGACUCCUGCAGAGGCUGCCUCUGCCCAGCGUGGUCAGGCAAGAUGAGCUGCGUUCAUGGAAGUGGAGGAACCUCUCGGUGUCCAUGGUUCACUCCCUGGUGACCGCCACAUGGGCCAUGGCCUGUGUGAUGAUUUGGCCCGAGACGCUGCACAAUCUGCACUCGUACAACACGCCUCUGUGUUACCUGCUCGUCUGCUGCUCAACAGGAUAUUUUCUGCAGGACGCGGGUGACAUCAUCCUGACAGGACAUGCCAAAGGUUCAUGGGAAUUCUUACUUCAUCAUUCACUGGUGAUCUCGUGUUUCCUGUACACCCUCUUCACUCAGGUGUACGUAGCCGGAGCAGUGGUCGCUCUCUUCGUGGAGGUCAACAGUGUCACGCUGCACCUGCGUCUGAUGCUGAAGCUGGCCGGCGCACAGUCCUCCUCCAUGUACCACGUCAACAAGUUCGCCAACCUCUUCACCUACGUCACGUUCCGCCUGGGCACCCAGUUCUACCUCACCUGGUACAUUGUCCAAAACUACUACUGGCUGGACCACGGCGGAUACUUCCUCGCCAGCAUGAUCGUCAUCAACAUCAUGAUGCUGAUUUAUUUCCAGCGCCUGCUCCGCGCCGACAUCUUCUCGCCGCAGAAGAAGAGUCACCUGGUGCAGAAUGGGACUCAUCGCGACAACAAGAAGUUUCUCAGCGAUUGAAUUUUUAUGGGACUGUUUUCAUUUUGGCUUAGCGUUUACAAGUUUUUCACGCAAUUUGUCAGAAAAGUUCCCCCUAUUGUGUUUAAAUGUCAGUUUAAGAAAUGUGAUACAUCAACGUUUGCAACAAUACAACUAUUUUGAGUUCUCGAAAAAAAAACUAAAUAUUAUAUAAUAUUACGAAAAUAAAGUUGCUGUAUUAUGAGGAAAAAUGUCACAAUGUAUCGCAACUUUAUUCUGAAUUUUUUUUUUUUUUUUUUUUAGAAAUAAUUCAACGAUUCUCAAAUUUGUACUAUGAAUGUUUUACGGCCAUAAUGAUGAAAACAAAUAUUUAUGUUGUUUUAUUAUGGUCAACGUGAUACAUUAAGAAUAAACUGUAGAUUCAGUUUUAUGUUCAAUGUCAAUUUAAAAAAUGGGAAACAUUAAGAUUUUAGAUGCAGAAGUGGAACUUUUGCAAAUAACUGUGCUAUAGACGCAAUUAUCGGUUAGUGUACAUCACUAAAAAAAGUGGCAAUGUGACUUUUUGUCUCGUAACAUUAUGACUUUAUUCUUGUUCUUUAUUUCUUCAGUAUGACCCUCUGAUACGCUGUCGUAUCUCUCUCAUCAAAGUACAGUAUUUAAUAUUAUGUUGGUUUCUCAUGCAGUUAUGCUCCAUCUUGUUUUAAAACUAUAACAGUAAAUUAUAUUUAAACUAUUUUUAAACCAUCAAAGUUACGUUUGUGCUCACAACUCACGACAUCUGCACGUCAAACAGUCAGGUUUUAUUCAGGAAACAUUUCUCUGGGUGUUUGACACUGGACUUUUUCAUUUUAGCAGCAGCAGCAGCAGAGUCUUACGGAAGCGUAUUGUGUUUACCUAAAAUAAUUUUUUUUAAGUGAAAAACAUCACUUAAAAACAGGCCGCGUAAAUCUCAUAAAGACAGACCCGAAAAAAAAGUCUCAUAAAAAAUCUUGUUAAAACAUACCUGAAAAAAAGUCUCAUAAAAACAGACCCGAAAAAAAAAUCUCUUAAAAACAGACCCGAAAAAAAGUCUCAUAAAAACAGACCCGGAAAAUAAAUCUUGUAAAAACAGACUUAAAAAAAGUCUCCUAAAAACAAAAAAAAAUUUCAUUAAAAAAAAAGAAAAAAAAAAAAGAUUUUAGGUAAAUGUAAUCCGCUCCUUUUGAGUCUCCUUUUGAUAUGUGUAUAUAUAAAGUAAUGUAUAUAUACACAUAUAUACAGUAUAUAAACAUUUCAUACAUUGUCUUGAUGAAGCCUUUUUUGGAUGAAGAGAUAAAACAGCCGUGAAGUGGUACGACAUGUUUUUAAAAGGGACCAACACAGACACCAAUAAAAUCUGGGUGGUAUUUUUAAUGCAGAUCCGGAGCCGGAUCUUCCUGCCAAUGAACAGUUUGACAACGUUGACCACAACAGAACAAUCAGCACUUAACCCCAGAUGUGGACUAACAACAAUAUCUUCGCAGUGUGUGUGUGUGUGUAUUUUUGCGUGUUUUUCAAAGUACUUUAAAAUCCCCCUUUUCACGAA